GGCCUGUUGGUGUUUGCGGAUCUUUCGGUGGCAUGGCAUCGACAAACAGCUGAGAGGAGUCGACUGACACGGGGAGAUACCACGGUCCCUGCCUGUUAUGGGUCGCAUUUGCUUAGAACCAUGGUGGAGGAGAGCUUGGGGGCCAAGUGCUCGGAGGAACAGUGGGUCUGCGGCUUCAACAGGUCGCAUUUGCUUAGAACCAUGGAGGAGAGCUUGGGGGCUAAGUGCUCGGAGGUAUUGUGUCAUCGAUAGUGCGCAGGAUAGAGGACCGGAACGCGGAGGAGUCUACAGCGGGUGGGGCGAGCAUCUGCCGCGAAGUGGCACAUGUCAAGAUUGUAACACUGCUAAUGCCGCAAGGGAGGACAGUGCAGCCCUGCUGCCAAAAAGUGUUCUGCAACUGACAGCAACUAUAAAUCUGUCUCCUGUGGCAGAGGGUGGCACACAUCGAGAAAACGCCGUGGAAAGUUUAUUGCGACUGCCGCUACAUGGUAGCGAUGCGAAGCCCAGCGGUUUGCCGUCCAUUGGAGCGGUGUCUCAUCCGAGGGAGGCACAGCAAGGACCCAAGACCGGUUGGGGCAACGAGGGCAUGUUGCCGGAAGGCCAACGUAGAUGGUCGCAUCCUCGUGUGCAAUGGAGCAGCAGCUCAUGCGGGUCUUCAGUCGCCAGCUUCACCUCUUUGCGACUGCGUUUGAAAUUCCCUCACGCUUUUACCGAGAACAUCUCACCACCACUUUCGCAAUUUGGCUCAACGGGGUUCGACAAUGGGUCGAGGGGUAUCUUUGAGCGUUGUACCAUUGCCAGGGGUAUGUUGGGCUCUUGUGCGCAAAACUUUCUUGCCCCCUUUGUUGCCUCUUCUUCUUCUCAUUGUUCAUUUCCAAAAGGAAUGGCGCCGUCAUCUACUUUCUUCGGAGGGCUGGCCUCUGUGCAAAAUAUUCUUACCCCCUUUGUUGCCUCUUCUACUCAUUGCGCAUUUCCAAAAGGCUUGGCGUUGCCAUCUACUUGGCUCCGAGGGCUGGCGGCGCCUUCCAAACUCCCUUCACGAUCGGCUGAGAGGGGGCCUACGUCGACUGCUUCUGAAAAACAGCAACAAGCUUCCGACAAUGAUAAGGCGAAGGAAGGCCCGAGGAUUAAUUUUGAGAUAAAAGCACCUCUUGUUCGGCUCGUCGGGACUGACAAGGAUGGGAAUGUUUGCCACGAGGUAGUUACGAGGGCCGCCGCUUUGAUGAAAUCCCGGCAAGCAGGGUUGGAUUUGGUGGAGAUCAACCCGUCGUCGGACCCACCUGUCUGCAAGAUCCUAGAUUACACCAAGUACCGAUAUGAACUGAAGAAGAAAGAGAAGGAUGCGCGGAAGCGGCAGCUGGAGAAACGGCGGGUCGAUGUUGUGAAGAAUGUCCAGAUCGGUUCGCGUACGGAACAGAGGGACUUGGAACUCAAAGUGAAACAAGCUGCAGCACAUCUUCUCCAAGGCCACCGUGUGAAGUUGCUUCUCAUUUUUCGGUCGGGGGACCGUGGCAGAGGUGUGGGAACAGGGACGUUAGAACAGGCCUUAGGAAUGCUGGAGGAUGUGGGCAUUGUGGAGGUGGUGCCGAAGGAUAUAGGGCAGCACGCGAUGGCAAUUCUGAGACCUAAGGCUGCUGCUGCAGCCCCGGGGAGCUCAGCCGGCAGCAGCUAGAAGAAGGACACACCUGUUUUCUCCUACUUCAUAUUAUAUCGUUUGAUAUUUUCUUGAUCUGCCGGCGUUGGCCACAGGCUGGUGGAUUUGGCUGGCACCAAGGAGAAUAAUCAUUAAUGGUCGUUCUCACUCUGCCUAUUUGUCACUGGAUGUCGUUUGGUUGGUGUCACGACUCUCUAACAUCUGCCUGAAGCCAAUAACACCUGUUUUCUCCUACUUUAUAUUAUAUACCAUUUAACCUUUUCUCCUUAUGCCGGCAUUGGCCACAGGCUGGUGGAUUUGGCUGGCACCAAGAGAAUUAUGGUCGUUCACACUGCCUAUUUGUCGUCGAAUGUCGCUUGGUUGGUGUCGCAACUGUCUAACAUCUGCCUGAAGCCAAUAACACACCUCUUUUCUCCUAAUUUAUACCAUACCAUUUAACCUUUUCUCCUUUUGACGGCAUUGGCCACCACUGGCUGGUGGAUUUGGCUGGCACCAAGAGAAUAAUGGUUGUUCACACUGCCCUGUCUAUUUGUCGUCGAAUGUCGUUUGGUUGGUGUCGCAACUGUCUAACAUCUGCCUGAAGCGAAGAACUUUUGCUGCACGAACUGGCCUGGCUCAGUUGGUACACCCCUAGACUGGAAGCAGAUGAGUGAAAUAUUACUCAGGGGCAGUCAGUUUGAUGACAACAUCUCAAGGCUCUCGCCCUUUUUCUUUUCAAAUUUCUUUUCAAAAAGAAAAAGAACUGUUGCCGAGGUACGGUCGAGUACGGUGGCCAGGCGACUCGACGCUAUUUUCCAUCCUAUGGGUGGCGACGCUCUGCUAUCCCAUCCG